GCAACCACCUCAACUCACAAAGGCAAGCAGAAAUCAUAGAAUGGUCAGGUUUUGCAUGCGUAAGAUCGUGACGAUAUCUUCAUUGUCAGCUGAGGUAGUAUAUGCUCCAAGUCUCGUUGUCAUCUUCGUCACAACCCUUCUUCCAAAUCCUCGUAGCAUACACACAUACAUACAUAAAUACAGAAUCCGCAUCAUGUAACCCGUUUUCCAAAGCCGUUGUGAAUCCGCCCGUCUCAAGAACCCAUCCCUAUGAUAACCCAUGCGUGAUUGAUAUUGUACAAAGUCGUGACAAGAAAAACUUAUAAUAUCAACGAGAGAACAGAAUUGAAAAUAGAAAUGGAAAAUGCUCAACAUCAAAUAAUUCACAGCGGGAAUACCAAAAGACCAAACAAAACUCCAUGCCCAU